AAGGUGGAUUAGGAAAAGCACGGCCGAGAACUCUCGCUGAUGCUGAGAUUUCGAUCCAUGACGGAGUUUCUGUCUUGUUCAAGAACCCGAAGGAACGUUGACAGACCUGCAUGCCUGCCCGGUCCUUACCAUUCGUCCAUUCAAUUGGUUUGCUUGGAGCCACGCACGCAGAAAUCACCAGUGGAAAAGUGGGACCUCGUAUUUGUGUACUUGGUACAUCACUUCUUGAGACGAUAACAGUUUUGCGCCCGACAGCGCGGCUCACGGCGGACAAGGAUCUUGGCAUGAUCUUCGCCGGCAAUCUGGGACGUCUCUAUCAGCCGCAGACAGAAAACGAUGCGCUUGUUAGGUACCCAGACAGUCGACACAUCAGUUUUCGAGUCGCUUGGGGAAGAGCGCUGCAGACACAGAUCGGUUCCUGCCCAUAAAGCUAGGUAGGUAUAUUUCUUCAUACAAGAUGGCGCAUCCUUGGCGGACGCACACCAGACAGAAAAAGUUCAUUAGUUCAAGCAGGUAACG